CAUUAAAGAGGACGUGACGUCAAAUGUUUUGAACCUCGGCGACCGCGCGCAGGGCUAGUGAAUUAGCUAAACAUUUUACGAUUUAUUGCCAGCUUGCCAACACUAGUUAUACAUUUUUACGAGCUGAGUUUUGUUAUACUUUCAUUCUUUUAGCCGUGUGGUUUGAUCCAAAGGAUGGAUCUUCAAAAAAUAAUCCACCACGCGCUGCACGACUUCAUUUCUUCAUAUAUUCCUCACGCGGAUCUGAGUACGCUAGAUGAUGUGAUUUUGUCCUACAUCACUGGGGUGCUAGAAGAUUUGGGAUUUCAAGAAAGUGUGGAGGAGAACUUUGAUGUAGAGGUGUUUGUUGAAAUGUUGGAGGCCUACAUUCCUGGUUUCUCAGAUAUUGACAGUGUCAAAGUCUGUGAGAUGAUGUUUAAUCUGGCAUCAAAGUUGGCCUCAGCCCGAGAUACAGAAUCUGGAGAGAUGAAAAUAGAGGAAAGUAAAUUUCCCCUCUCAGAAAGCUCUUCUUUAAUCCAUGGAGGUUCAAGAGAAAAGACACACAACUUCACAGUACAGGCAGAGGGAGCCACAGCUAAGGUUACUGAAUCAUCGUGGGACCAACAGGAGCAACAUCUUCUUGAAAUGUUUCCUAAAUGCAGUGUGACUGAGGCCAGAAGUGCAUUGUCGAUUGCUAAAGGAGACAUGGAGGAAGCUGUUCGUCUCAUUAUUGAGGGAGAUGUCCAGCUUAAGUGCUCAAUGUCUCUCGAUGCAAACCAAGGGAAGACGGUUUCUGCUGAAGUUGAUCAGAAACUUAAAGCAAGCAUUUUAGAAAAGUACAUGCUGGUUGAUAGUGAAGAAGACAAGAUAGUGCACCGACCAGUCACUCCUAAAGAAGCUCCUAAGAAACUGGUGCGCUAUCACGGCAGUCAGGUGGUCACCACAAAGGGAGAGCGUUACCAUCUAGUCAAGAAAGAAGAACCGGAUGACAUGAAGAAGACUUACGUUAGUCUCAAACCAGCACGCAAAUAUCGCUUUCAUUGAUAAAAGGCAUUUUGCUGAUGGACCAUUCAGAGUCAGCCCUCCGUGUUUUUGAUAUUUGUGUCUGGUUAUCUGUGACUGGAAACAGAUGUUUUAGUUUUUAUUUAAAUGUAUCUUGGUCCAAAUGUGUGUCCAUUUACAUAGAUGGUGCUGGAGGUUUUGGUUCUUGGGAGUUUAGAUGUUUGAAUUGACUUGAUCUUGUGUAAUCUCCCAGUGAGUCCUUAUCUUACUCUAUUUUUUUUAACUACUUUUUACUAAAACCUUAAGCUAUACCUAAAAACAUGGUGUUUACAUAUGACAUACAUAAUUUUACUGAAAGUCAUUGACAUGUUCUGCAAAGUGGUUGUUUUGUUAUAAAAUCAACCAGUUAUGAUUAUUUUCGGUGGCAGGAAACGGUUGAACAACAGUGUUUGCAUUAUGUGUUUAUUUUCAUAUACAGAAAUAAAAAGACUCCAUAAAUGUUCGUACAGAGACUAUAGAAUAGCAGAGUCUGUGUGACAGUUGAUUUGAGAUGUAGUUCACUAACAAUGUCUGCCUGUUAAUUCGGGAUUCAGCUCCACAUAUACACUGGACAAGCUUUGGAUAGACCAAAGCUUCAUCUGCAUAUUUUCUAGUUACUUUUUUUUUUCUUCUAUAUUUAUUGUGCAGUUGCUAUGCAUAGAUUUAGAAAUGGAUGUGCUUUGUGUUCACUAUUAACAAUUGUAUUGUCAUAUCCACAUUACACCAGUAUUUAAGAUUUGUUUGUGCUUGAUGUACUCCAUGUUGUCUUUGCCACUGAAUCGCUGUAUCCGCUGUCAACAUUAGCGGUCACCUCCACCCACCACCACCAUGACCCUGAAACUGAAGUGCAGUGAUUAGAUUCAAAUAAAUAUUAGCGUUAUUUUUCAAGGACUGGUGUUUUUGAGAAUAACUAGUAAAUAAUUGUUUUACGAAUGUUGUCAUUCCUCAUUUGUCUACUUUAAAUGAUUUUAAACUAAAAGCGGUUUUGAAACUGAUUUUUCUACCUUUAAAGUAUACUAAAGAGAAUAAUGAGGUUGUGUUUAAAGAAUAAAUUAAUUUUAGUGUGGAGGAAUAUACACAUCUAAAAGACACAAAGGUGAGAAAAAAAGACAACAUGUUUUAAUUUAAAAACUUGAACAGACAAAACCACUUUAAGCCACUCGGAAAUCAGUACGGAGAACUACAGAAAUCUAAAGAUCAUGCAGAUAGUCUGAAGUAACAGGUUCGGUUCUCUUCUAUUUUUACACUACUUGGAUCACACUCUAAAGCACGUCAAACAAUAUUAGAACACAUGUAAAUUAUUUUAAAAGACAUGUCUGUGAAAGGCCAAACACUUAAACAAAUAAUCUUGUUCAAAUAUUAUAUUCCUAUGUAAUCUUUGUAAGAAUGCCUAUAACAAGAGUUAUAAUUAAUUUCAUAUUGUGUGUUCUUAAUGACAGGCAAUUUAUAUAAGAUGACUACUAUCAUUGAUGGUACACUGUUUGACAUUUUGGCAAAAUAUAAAGUCAGCUAAUACACAUCCAUGAAAUACCAAUAUGUGUAUGUAAUGAAGAAAACUUUGAAACACUGUAUAUUCAUUAAAGAAUUAAAGUGGC